GUGUAUUUACUCAAGUAUUUUAAUAUUUUUAAACCUCUAUAUCUGUGUAACUAUGAGACACUGUAGGAUUUUCCCGACUCACUGCGUGACUGUGUGGAGUUUAUGUACCAUCCUCAGCUUCUGUCAGCCUGUAUGGAGCGCCUUGGAGGUGGUCCAGCCCUACAAAGUGGUGAGCUCCAACGGUACAGCACAGGUCCGGUGCUACGCCCAGCCUUCACCCUUCCUCUCGAGCAGAAGUUCCUACAGUUCCCUCCCAGACCCUGAGGAGCUCCGUGUGACUCUACUGCGAGGCCUUCAUGGCACUGAGGCGUUCUGCUGGUCCAAGCUCAACCUCACAGAGCAGAGGGGGACAGGUGUGGGCAAACAAGCCCAGGUGCAGUGCUCUGCUCAGCUGGGAGAGGGCGCUGUAGAGGUGACGGUAUCAGGACUCAAAGCUUCUGACACAGAUCUGUACCGCUGUCACAUCGAGGUGUUAUUCCCUCCUCCAUACCAACGUUUCACAGGGAACGGCACGCUUGUUCACGUCUUAGAGAGCUCAGAAUGCCCAGAACAGGUCCCUCAGAGACAAACUGCACUUCGAGGUGAUGAAGACGAGGACAAUGAGAGGCCUUCAUCCGUCAGUGUUCCUGUGGUUGUUCUGGUCAUACUGAUCAUACUGGCUCUUCUCUUCGUUCUCUACCUCCAGGCUCUUCAAUGUCGGCAAGGGCGGAGGGAGAUCAACAGACCAGUAUCUCAUGUGGUUUACAAAGGAGAUGCUGCAUUUCCAUGUCAAAAUAUUUCAACUCUGAGUGGUCAGGUUUAAGGGAGAAACUGC